AUGGCACGAACUUCAGAACCGCGCCUUAUCAUCAUUGGCAGCGGCGUUGCCGGAAUUGCUUUGGCCUGCCGACUUCGUAGCCAGUACGGCUACCAAAACUUCACCAUCUACGAGCGCGAGCCUAGCAUCGGCGGCACUUGGUACCUCAACACAUACCCAGGCGUCGGCUGCGAUGUCGACUCUCAUCUCUACUCGUUCUCGUUCAAUCCCAACCCCGACUGGUCACGACGUUUUGCCGACCAAGCCGAAAUCCUGCAAUACAUGCACAGUACAGUCGACAAGUUUGGCGUGCGACCUCACGUGCAGCUUCGCACGGAAGUCGUAGCAGCAGAAUGGGACGUGGCAAACAAGGUCUGGAGCGUGAACCUUCGCGACACGAUUACGGGCCAUGCAUUCCGCCGAGAGGCAGAGAUGCUCGUCUCCUGCGUGGGAACCAUAUCCAUCCCUAAGGAGUGUGACAUUCCUAGCAGCGAGUCUUACAAAGGAGCUAUUUUCCACUCUGCACGGUGGAACCACAAGUUCGACAUGCAGGGCAAGAAGAUCGCCGUGGUCGGUAAUGGAUGCUCCGGGGCACAGCUGAUGCCUUUUGUGGCUGAAAAGGCCUCCAAAGUGGUCCAGUUCCAACGCUCGCCUCAGUGGAUCAACGAACGCCCUAAUCCAUCCUUUUCGAGCUUCCAGAAAUGGUGCUUCCGCUACAUUCCAUUCUGGAACAAGCUCUACCGCUUCUAUCUCUGGCGAUCUACAGACGUACUCCACAGCCUUUACAUUACCGGCUCCGAGUCGCUCGAAAAACAACGCGCAGUUGCGCAGAGAGAAGCUGAAGAGUACAUGACAAGCAUCGCGCCAAAAGCCUAUCUCGAUAUGUUGAUGCCCAAGUUCCCUCUGGGUUGCAAGCGUCGCGUUUUCGACCCCGGUUAUCUCGAGUGCCUUCACAAGCCGAACGUGGAAUUGACUACCGAACGCAUUGUCAGCUUCACCGAAACUGGCCUCCGAACCUCCAAGCGGACCAUGGAUUUUGACGCCGUGGUGCUAUCCACCGGGUUCAAGAUCCAGGAAUUUCUCUCGCCGAUCAAGAUCGUGGGCGCAAACGGUCAGUCUCUCAACGAGCACUGGAAAGAUACACGCGGCGCCCAAGCCUACAAAGCCACUUUCGUCCAUGGCUUUCCCAACUUUGGCAUUGUCUUUGGCCCCAAUUCGUUUCCAGCGCACAAUUCCGUCAUCUUCAGCAACGAGACACAGGUCGAAUUCAUUCUCAAGACCCUCAUCAACCCCGUACUGCGCGGCAACUUCGAGGUUCUCAACGUCAAGCAGGCAGCUGAAGAUAGCAACGUCAAUCAGGUGCAAGCUGGUCUCAAGAACAUGGUGUGGAAUGAGGGCUGCGCCAACUGGAACCUCGACGCGCACGGCCGCAACACUACCAACUAUCACGGACCAACAGCUCAGUUCUGGUGGGAUUUGUAUUGGCCUGUGUGGAAGGACUUUGAGCUAAGUGGAGGCAACAAGGCCUUGCCGUGGGCACCAUGGACGAAGCUUAACGUAUAUAUCUUCAGUGGAAUCAUUGCGUCGGCGAACGUGGUCCCUUCUGAACGCUUGAUCAAAGGCAUACACACUCGGGGCUUUCAGACGAUCGGCGAGAACGAUUGA